GGGGUGGCGAUCUCUCCCGCCCCCCCCCCCCCGCCCCAGCGCCACGCUAGGAGCCGUCUGCUGCCCCCGCUAACCUGCUGCCUCUCGUCUUCUCUCCCCGGCCGCCGGUCCUGCCCGCUGCUGCUCCUCCUACCUCGACGCUGCGGCCCCAGCGCAUGUUCGGGACGUAUUUCCGGGUCGGGUUUUACGGCAGCAAGUUCGGGGACCUGGACGAGCAGGAGUUCGUGUAUAAAGAACCAUCCAUCACCAAGCUGGCCGAGAUCUCCCACCGGCUGGAGGAGUUCUACGCCGAGCGCUUCGGGGACGACCUGGUCGAGAUCAUCAAGGACUCGAACCCCGUGGACAAGGCCAAGCUGGACCCCAACAAGGCCUACAUCCAGCUGACCUACGUGGAGCCGUUCUUCGACACCUACGAGCUGAAGGAGCGAGUCACCUACUUCGAGAAGAACUACGGCCUACGGACCUUCCUCUUCUGCACGCCCUUCACGCGGGACGGGCGGGCGCACGGGGACUUGCACGAGCAGCACAAGCGCAAGACGCUGCUCACCACCUCGCACGCCUUCCCCUACAUCAGAACCCGCCUGCCCGUCAUCCACAAGGAGGAGAUCAUCCUGACCCCCAUCGAGGUGGCCAUCGAGGACAUGCAGAAGAAGACGCAGGAAUUGGCCUUCGCCACCCACCAGGACCCGGCCGAUGCCAAGAUGCUGCAGAUGGUGCUGCAGGGCUGCGUGGGCACCACCGUCAACCAGGGCCCGCUGGAGGUGGCCCAGGUGUUCCUGGCCGAGAUCCCGGACGACCCCCGGCUCUACCGGCACCACAACAAGCUGCGCCUCUGCUUCAGGGACUUCACCAAACGGUGCGAGGACGCCCUGCGUAAGAACAAGGCGCUGAUCGGGCCGGACCAGCGCGAGUAUCACCGGGAGCUGGAACGGAACUACCUGCGUCUCCGGGAGUCGCUGCACCCGCUGCUGAGCCGGCGGAUCCCCCAGCUCUACGCCCCCCUCGUCCCGCGCUCCACCCACCGGUGAGCCCCAGCGCCCGGCCCGGCACUGACACGGAGAGACGUUCCCAGCCGGAAUACACACGGGACGAGAGGAGACACUGAGGCAGGGAGAGGACUUACCCAGAGUCACGCAGGGAAUCCUGUGGCAGAGCCAGGAAUGGGACCCAGGAGUCCUGGCUCUCCCCACUACACCCCAUUCCCUUCCCUGAGCUGGGAAUCCAGGACUGGCUUGUUCCCUGGGGUCUCUCCACACCCGGCAGUUACCGGGGUCCCCCACCCGCCAGGUAGGGGGCGGAUUUGUCACAUGUUAAUUUCACCCAUUGGAUUAAUUGGAGGGUCCCGUUUCCCCCCCCCCGAAAACUCUCUGAACAGGUCAAGUCUCCACAAGCCAGAGGGCUAGGAGGACCUUGGACCGGCUGCGUCUGCUCUUCCAGCCCGGGGUGCGGGGGGAGACACCCCUCCCAGCCUCCAGAGUGCCUUACU